AUGAAGAACACCGCGAUUCUUUUCCUCGCGGGCACUGCUCUCGCAGCUCCCUUCAACAAGACUCUCGAGACCCGUGAGCCUUGCCUCUGGCCCGUGGGCGGCUCCAGCGGCAGUAGUAGCUCGGGUGGACUUUCCUCUUUCCUUCCCGGCUUCUUGGGUGGCUCUGCUUCUGGUAGCGGCUCCUCUGAUUCUUCCGCUGACGCCGACGCCUCUAGUGAGGCAUCGGGAUCCGGCUCUGCUAGCAUAGGCGGGUCUGGCAGUGGCUCCUCUGGUCUUGGUCUUGGUCUUGGUCUUGGUGGCUCUGACUCCGCUGACCUCGGCGGUUCAGGUUCCGCUGGCCUUGGUGCUUCUGGAGGUACUGACCUCGGUGGAUAUGGCAGUGCUUCCGGCGGUGCUUCUGCAACUGGCGGUCUUGGGGCUGGAUCUUCUGGCUCUGCUGGUCUCGGUGGCUCUGGCAGUGCCGGUCUUGGUGGGUCUGGUACUGCCUCUGGUGAUGCUUCCGGCACUGGUUCUCUCGGCGCUAGCACCUCUGGCUCCGCUGGUCUUGGUGGCUCUGGUAGUGACUCUGGCUCUGGAUCUGCUAGCGGCGGUGCUUCCGGCGGUGCCUCGGGCGGCGCUUCUGGUGAUGUCUCUGGCUCUGGCUCUGGCUCUGGAUCUGCUAGCGGCGGUGCUUCUGGUGAUGUCUCUGGCUCUGGCUCUGGAUCUGCUAGCGGCGGUGCAUCUGGUGAAGCUUCUGGAACUGGCUCCUCUGGCGCGAGUUCUACUGGCGACGCAUCCCCCGAGUCUAGCUCCCCUGCCGCUGAUUCUUCCGACUCGGGUUCUUCUGGGGCUGGCGUUUCUGGCAGCGGCUCCGCUGGUGUUAGCGGUUCCGGAUCUGGUUCGUCUGGCACAAGCGUCUCUGGUGGCGUAGGAGCUGGCUCCGGCACCGGAACUUCGCCUCAAGAAACCAGCUGGAGCACCAGCAUCAGCUUCGCUCUGCCCGGUCCCACUGGCGCCUUCGGCGGCGCAAGCGACUCUCUUAGCGGCUCUGCCUCCGCCCAGGCCUCCGCUGAAGCUCAAGCCUCUGCCAAUGCUUCUGCAAAUGCUUCCGCCAAUGCUUCUGCCAACGCUGAUGCAUCUGCCGAUGGUUCCGGCAAUGCCAGCGCCUCCGCCGAUGCUUCCGCCAGCGUUUCUGCUUAA